AUGGGAGCGGAUGGUGGUACAAUCCCGAAACGUUGUGAGCUUGUAAAAAAGAAGAAAAGGAAGGAGAAACUGGAUAAGAAUGUAGCGAACGCCACUCGCUGGAGGUUAUGUCGACUGAGCCAGGAACCGCUAAAGAGACCGAUCGUAGCAUGCAGAUUGGGAAACUUGUAUAAUAAAGAGGAAAUUCUUAACGCUAUCUUAUCGAAGAAAAUUGGUGAGUAUGAAGUGGCAAAACAUAUCAAAAGUUUGAAAGAUGUUAAGGAGUUGAAGCUAACGGACAACAAGGAAUACAAAGAGAGCGGUGCUGACAAAGGAGAUAUCUACAAAGACCAUAAUAUCGCGCCAUUCUGCUGCCCAGUCACAGGGAUUUCAAUGAAUGGCAAUCAUUCGUUUACUGUUAAUUGGCGAUGCGGAUGUGUAAUUUCGGGAAAAGCAAUUGAAGAAGUGAAGCCAGAUGUAUGCCAUGGCUGUGGAGGUUCAUUUAGCAAAGAUGACCUUAUUUUACUUAAUCCUCCGCAAGAUGUCCUUGAGAUUUAUAAACAGGUCGAAGAAGAACGACUAAAACGGAAAUUAAGUAAGACAUCAAAACUGACGGAGAAAAAAUUGAGUAUGACUUCUGAAUUGGGGAUCGAGUCCACUCAAAAAAAGGAGAUGGUAAACGAGCAUAGACGGACGACAACAUCAGCUGAUUUUAAAGGUUUCCUCAGAAAAGCAGAAAAGCGGAAAGCAACGACUGCUAAAAGCAGCUCGAUUCAAGACUCAAAUGCAUCUGCGGCAUACAAAUCAUUGUUCACGACAUGCGAGGAGGCGAAACAUAAACCAAAACCACACUGGAUAACACAUAAUCCGCUCUUUUACUGA